AUGAGCACGGAAAAAUCACCUAGUAGAAAAUAUUAUUACACCGGGGUCAUCUUUGAAGCCGUUUGUAUAGGAGCUGAGGUUGGAUCAAUUGCUGCUGGUGGUCGAUACGAUAAUCUUAUAGGAAUUGGAAAAGAGAUACUCCCUGCGGUUGGAAUGAGCCUGGGGAUCGAGAGAGUGUUUAACAUAUUGGAAAAGAAACAAAAACUGGAAGAGGAACAAAACCGAGUUGUUCAAUCUACAGAGACACAGGUUUUGGUUAGUGUAACGGAGGAGAAUAAGCUAGGGGAAGCUGCAGAACUGGCUAGUCAGUAUAUUGUGAACAAAAGGAGAGGAAAACAUUUUGAUCGUGCUCGUUGCAAGGGUUCAGAGAUUCCUUGGAUGGUGAUUGUAGGCAACACAGAACUCAGUAAAGGUGUUGUGACAUUGAAGAAGAUGGUCGAGUGGAGUGAGGAGGAAGUUAAAGGUGUUUCUAGAGACAGUUUCGUUGCUGAAUUGUUGAAACGUCUCUGA